AUGUCCCAGCUCUCGACCAGCUCCAGCUCCAACUCCAGCUCCGUCGAGGUAUUAGUCCACAUAUCCGCUCCCGGCAGCGUACGAGACGACACGAGAUACCGCUCGCACGCCUCGGCAUGUCUAGCCUUCGAGCCCGGCAGACGAACGCGUCUCACGCCACUGGACGAAGAAGCGCCUCCCUCCCUAUCAAGCAAGGACGAAGGCGAAACCACCUUCGGAUCGUUCAGUAGUUCCUGGCCAUGUACGCAGGAAGCACUGUCUGGGCCGGAAGCGCAGGAUGGCACGCCCACGCCCGCGCCUACGCCAACACCUCCGUCAACCGUGCCUGAUUCAGAGGGUGGUUCGCCCAUACGUUACUCGGAAGCCGAGUCUGAUCGAACGGAUACGCCGACGCCGACGCCGACGCCGACGCCCACGCCUACGCCGCCGUUGACAUGGACGGGUAUAGAGCGGAAUACCACGCCCAACGCAUCGCCUAUUAAGCCUGUACCGGUAUAUAUUUCCAUUUCAUCUGAGAGCACAACCCUGUCGGAGCAGGAGGAGGAACGCGUGCAGUCGCAGGUAUCUACGCAGGAAGCUUCCCAGCCCACGCAUACAGAUGUGGUAAGCGAUGAACUGCAUUUCCCAAUGGAGAUUCAUCCGCCUCACCCUGUCCCGUCGUCCACAGCGCGGUUCAAAACGCAUCUCACGCCCGCGCUGCGCAUGCUCCUUUCCCAUCCGAAAUUAUCCCGUCGGUACGCGCCGGGGUAUACCGCGCGAGACCUCCGGGUGUGUGAGCGCGGAUACUGGUUUCUACGCAUACCUCUUGUAGUCGAUGGUGGUCGGGGGUGGAGUGCUGAGCGGUUCAUGCGGUUCUGGGGGUAUUUGGGUGAGUACGUGGGUUCGGGCCGGGCAGGGUGGGGGGUGUGGUGUGUUGCGGAGGAGCAGCGGGAUGGAGGAGGUCGGGCUGUGGAGGUUCGAGUGUGUACGUGGGGAGAGGUGGUGGGCGCGAUGUACCUUGUUCUGUACAUGGCUAGUGAUAGGGCGAUAGGGUGUUUGGAAGGCGUGGAGUGGCGGGAUGCAGGUGAGCGGGCGGUGAUACGGAUAUAA